AUGGAAUCCUUCUCCAAGAUCGCUGAACUCAAUGUAAGUUAAAAUCUUGUAGUGUUAACCUGAAAUCAAAUGUUGAAUUUUCUUAACAUCGGAAUAUAAAAUACGAAGAUUUAACGCCGGAUAAAGGUUGUGAACCAAGUUAUUAUGUUCUGUGGCCGUUCAGGAUUAAGAAGACAGUAACCCUUCUGUGAGAUGAGACACAGAAGGGUUACUUUCCUGUUUAUCUAUGACUUAGCAAACUAAUACAAUAAAAAAAUUCUAAAUCGGUAAGAGUCGAUUAUCAGACACAAUAACAAGAUAUGCAAAAGCUGAAGGAAGUUGACGAGUAACAGUAAAAGCGACUUUUAAGCUGUCACAGCCAGUAUAGUCAAAUUUAUAGUACUCUACAGUUUCUUUAAUUGUUAUCUUAGUAUAAGAAGAUCAAUAUAAAAAUAGUGAUUAUAUUCAACAAACUAUACGUCUUGUUCAACGUUCUGAUAACCAACUUUUAACAACUUCUAAUAAAUAAUUUACGGUAACAAGACAAACAUCUUAAAAAUCAAUUUCAAUAAACUAAUAUAUAAAAUAAGCCCUUAAUAAUAAACAAAAAACAAUUCUUACCGUUUCCAGGCUUCAUCUGCUUCUCCAAGCCUAGUUCCAUCCGCCAAGCCCGUUUUCAUCGAUGAAGACACCAAGUACCGAGUCUCGUUCUUGUUCAACAACUUGAGCGUGACAUCUUUGUCGUCGGUUUGCCAUGAAAUCAAUGACUUGAUCAUCACGCAAAAUUCUGAUGACGUUGUUGCGUGGUUGGCACGCUACAUCGUGACCAAACGUGUGGCAGCUGAGCCCAACCAACACGACAUGUACCUGCAAUUGUUGGCCAAUAUUAAUAAGAAACUAUUGAUGAAAGCUGUUCUAAACGAAACUUACCAAGCUGCAAACACAAUGUUCAACUCCGCCUCCAAAUAUUCGGCUUCCAACCACAUGGAGAGAAAGGUGUUGAAGAAUAUCGGCCACUGGCUCGGCUUGGUUACUAUCGCCCAAGACCAGCAAAUCGACUUGGACUUAAAGAAGCUUUUGAUUGAAGCUUUCGUAGAUGGAGAAAACAAGCUUCUGCUCACCGUACCGUUCGUGGCGGCCGUCUUAAAAUCAGUGGAGAAGUCUACAACCUUCACGACAAAUGACACCUGGGUCCAACAGCUACUGUGUGUUCUGGCCGGACUUCACAAACAACCUGACCUGAAGCUCAAGUUAGAAGAUAUUGAAGCCUUCGACGUGAUGGAAGCCAAAAAGACUCUUUCCUCUACAGUACCACCAGCCCCGCGCAUCAGCCCGUUAGAACAGUACAUUGAGCAUGAUACCUAUGAUUGGACCAUCUUCAUUCAAGCCCUAGACGCUACCAUUUAG